CAAUCCUGUCUCGGCUCGAGGAAAGAGAAAUAAUGCCCGCAGUCAUGCUGCAGUCGCCGGUCGUAGACAUGCACAAUCCUGCACUCGCAUCACUCGCAAGACUGCCGUUCAACGGCCAGAUCCAGUCGCCACCUGCAUCAGAGCACCCUCGUAAUGAACCGCCGAAUGGUGCACCGCCAUCUCCCUCGCUGCUUGCAGCCAUGCAACGGGUGCCUUCUGCGCCCGGUUCAGGGCCCUAUCCGAUCGACCCCGCCCUGAGGGAGAAGAGCACCGAGAGUAUUGACCCGACACUGGCGCAAGCUUCCAACAGCAGCCCUACGAUCGCACCCGCGAAGCCACCUUGCGCGAACUGUGGGGCCCACUCGACACCGCUCUGGCGUCGUGAUGGGGAAGGGAAGGCAGUGUGCAACGCCUGUGGUCUCUACUGGAAACACAAAAAUAUGCCUCGCCCCUCGACUCUCAGCCGUGGUCAACCAGCUGUUGCUCCUGCAACACAUCCUGACGCCAACGGCCAAGCUGCCUCUGACGUAAAUCUUAACAACGGUGUUACCAACGGCGGUGUUCACCAGAGAUCCCCCGAAUCUCCUGCGAUGCCACCUCCUGCAGCCCCUUCCUCGGCGGCGUCUCAGCAAGGCCAGCCACCAGCUGGUCCAUCGAAGGAGCAAAAUAGCUCGUCUGGGCCCGCAAAGUCUCACCCUGCUGGCACUUGCCCUGGCGAUGGCCGCUGCGACGGCACAGGUGGUACUUCCGCCUGUUCGGGCUGCCCUACGUACAACAACGCUCUUUCGGCGAUGAACAACCCGGCUACUACCGCUCCGGCCUCGAAUAGCGAGCAAAACAUCUCGCAAGCUCCGGCCGCUGCUCCAGAACAGCCUGGGGGGGCGUCGACGCCCGAGAGCGGCUACCCUGGCAAGGUUCGUAUCAAGAAUCCGCUCGGUCCUCUCAGCUGCGCAAAUUGCGGAACGAGCACGACGCCUCUAUGGCGGAGAGAUGACGUGGGGAACAACAUCUGCAACGCUUGUGGCUUGUACUUCAAGCUUCACGGCACUCAUCGCCCGAACUCGAUGAAGAAGACCGUUAUCAAGCGUCGCAAGCGCGUUCCUGCUGCGUCAGGUGGAUCGCCGAGCGGACAGGACCGAAUGACGGAUCAGGCCGCGGCUGCGAUACUCGCGAGUGUUGGGCGUCCGCAUGCCUCACAGGCAGGAACGGAAGAGAGCGCAGAGGAGGCCGAGGGUCAGCCACGUAAGAAGCGGGCAAGGAAGAGCAAGGCUGACAAGGAGAAGGAGGCUAUGGAGGUCGACGAGGAGGGUGAGCAGGCGGCCCGUCCUGCGAAUGCCAGGGCUCGUAAAGAGGGUCCUGCGCAAGGCGAAGCUGGACCGUCCACUGGUCACGGGCAGGACGUCCGCGGCAUGGCCUUCCCUCCCAACCCUCAUGGCGGCUUCGACUUGCCACCUCUGAACGCUGCCGUUGGUGAUAACGCAUAUGGCAUGAAUCCGCCACCUCCAUUUGCUCGUCCAGGUUCCGCUGGCUUCCAGGCACAUCCUCCAAGCAGGACACAUUCGCCGUUGGCGGGUCCUGGCGUUACCCCACCCUCGGCGCCAUCAUAUCAGCUCCCAUUGCCGGUUCCCACGCAUAUGCAGGCGUACCCUCCGCACUAUUACGCAGGACCACCGCCCAGCGGGGCCCCCGUGCCAACGUACGUGGACCUCGAGCGCCAUUUUGCGGAGCUCGAGCGUGAGAAGCGUGCUCUGGCGGAGCUACUUGAACGCACGGACCGCAUGAUGUUAGGCCUGCGGCGUGCCAUGGACGAGAGCCGGAUGCACCCACCCCCGUCGGGGAAUGGACACCCACCUGCGUCGGGCCAGCAGCAACAGCAGCAGCACCAACACUCACAGCAACAUCACCAACCCCAGCAAGCACACUCUCAGCAGGCCCACCAGCCACAACAGCACCAACCACCCGCUGACGCGGUCCCGCUUAACCGCUCCGCAAGCUCGCAAAGCCGGGAAAGCGUCUGGCCAGUGAACCCGCCCGAAGGUGCCAAGCGCGAUUGAGCGGUUUGUCUGUCAUAUCUAUGCUCCAUGCCUUCCUUUUACCAUCUUCCUGCUUGUUGUUCGUGCCAAUAGUAACUAUCCUCUAUCCCACUAUCUUUAUCCCACGCCCGGGAACACUUAUUUCAGCUGGCAGUGCCUCUCGAACAUUAUCGAAUGGUCUAUUGUAUUAGCGUAUACACUGGUGGCAGCGCGUCGCGUUUGGUCUUUACUAUUUCUAUGAGCUUUUAUGUUUGGUUGCUGCCACGAGCUAGUCUUUUUUCUUCUUGCAUGCAGCACUGUAAUAUUACGGGUUCUAAUUUUUU